UUUUUUUACAGCUGAUACUGUUACUGUGAAUGGUUCGCCAAAUAACGUCGUGUUUUCCUGUUUCUUGCUUUGUGAGACUUUUAAAAAUUGAUUUAAAAUGGAAUUAAGUGUAUUGCUUGAAAUUUGACGCACUGGGACCCAUAUAUCAGUUUCAAGAACCUGACUACUGAUUGUGCAACCUAAGUGAUCAGGUUCGAUUUGUUGCUGACGACCUUCUUCAAUUGCUUGAUCUAUACACGAUUGAAAAAUUUCAGCUAAUAAUAACUCAGGAUCGGAUGGUAAGUUUGUGAUAAGGAAUUUUGAUUGAACUUUAGUAAAAUUAAAUUUUUUUGUAACUUUAAUUUGCUCAUCCAGUUUUUUUACAUAAUCUUCGCCUUCUUGGAGUCCAAGUAUAUUUUUUAUUGUAAAAGGUUUAAAACGUUUUGGAGGUGAUGGCUCCAUUUUAAAAGAAUAAAAUAAAAAUUGAAAAAAUUUCUGUUUAUAAAUCAAUUUUAAACGUAACUUUAUGUUAUGCUUUUCCAAUACUAAUUUAUCUAUAAUUUAUUUUUUCCAAUAAUAAAAUCCAACCUAAAAUCCUAUACAUUUAAUUUCUCUUUGUUAAAUUUGCAUAUUUCUACCUAUUAUUAAUUUAUUUUAUAUUUAUUCCAGGACGUAACACGCCUUUUAAAGGUUAUUUCGCAAUAAUUCCACACUAUUUUCUAUCCAUCCUUCCUCUAACAUUUUUCCAUCUAAUAUUAUAAAUUUGCAUAAACCCUGCAUAGACAUGCCACGCCCAAAAUUUAUUUAUAUAUUUUUCCUAGAUUGAAUAAAUGAAGAGGGAAAUGAAGAGAAAAAAAAUUUAAAUAUUAUAGAGGGAAAAUAAAUUUUGAAAGGGUCAAACCAAGUCAUUUUCCUAUAAAUACUUGUCAACGCACGUGACACGUCUUUUUGGAAUAUUUCGCAAUAAUUAUUUUUGAGUUGUCCUUUGAGUAUUAUUCUUGUCUAGCAUACCACCAUUGAUUUUUCAAGCAUGGAUGAGGAAAAUGCUAUUAUGAAUAUUAUAGAGGGAACGGGUAAUAUCAAAAAAAAUGUGAGAUUUAAAAAUCUCUUUACAGCUUUGGAAUAUUAUUUUGGAGUGGAUAAAUGGUGUGAAGAUUGUCUAGAAUUUUUAUUUUCUGGUGCAGGGGGAGAAAAUCUAAUAGUAAUCGAUGAAGAACGUUUUCAAUUUUGUCUAUACAUGUGUUCGGAUUGCUUAAAAUUGACUAAUUAUAAGAAUUAUAAAUUUAAACAUACUAUCAUUUAAUCAUUUUAUUUACUAUAUUUUUUACAAAUAAAUCUGGAUUAUCAAUAUUAUUUAGCAUUUUAAGGUAUAUAGGAAAUGUAUAAUUUUUAGAAAUAAAAUAAAUGAGGGAAAUACAAUGAUAAGCACAAUAAUUUGAAUUUGGGGAUUGGUAUGAUUUUAAAUUUUUUAUA